CUUUGCCAACUGUGUUCUUGCAUAGUCAGUUUCUUCUCAGCACAUAAUUCAGCAGUGCUGAUUUCUGGUCUGUGUAAGAUGCUGCCUAUUCCUCUCUGGUCUAUUAGGAGAUGUUCUCGUUUCCAGUGCACCAAGCAUUAGCCACAUGUCUGCUUUCUGAUCUCAGGACUCACACUCCUGCUGGGGCUCCCUGUGCUUCACCUCUGCUGCUGUAUCCCUCUCCCGAAGGCUGUGCAGGUGGAUUGAAGCAGAACAGACGUCACCACUGAGAUGCAUAGAGGAGAUCCCCAGCCUGAUUUGUGGAAGGCGUGUAAAGCAGCACAGCCUGGUACUGCUCCCCCCUGUUUUGGAAAUUCCAGACAGAGCUGAAGCAGUGGGAAAAUGAGUGUUCUUCUCAUUGAGGCUUUUUAUGGUGGUUCCCACAAACAGCUGAUGGAUCUUCUUCAAGAAGAGCUGAAAGAAGAAUGUGUCCUCUGUACGCUCCCUGCCAAGAAGUGGCAUUGGAAAGCACGGACUGCUGCUCUUUAUUUCAUGCAAACGGUGCCAGCAAGUGCUAAUUACAGGAUCCUCUUUGCAAGCUCCGUGCUUAACCUGGCUGAACUCGCUGCCCUGCGCCCUGACCUGGGCAAAUUGAAAAAGGUUCUCUACUUCCAUGAGAACCAAUUGGCGUAUCCUGUCCAGAAGUGCAAGGAAAGGGAUUUUCAGUAUGGAUACAACCAGAUUCUUUCAUGUUUGGUUGCUGAUAUUGUGGUGUUCAACUCUGCUUUUAAUAUGGAAUCAUUUCUUACAUCCAUUGGAAAAUUUAUGAAGCUGAUUCCUGACCACAGACCUAAGGAUCUGGAAAAAAUAAUCAGACCGAAGUGCCAAGUUCUCUAUUUUCCAGUCAGGUUUCCUGAUGUGAGCAGGUUCAUGCCAGAGCAUAAGCUUGCCCAUUUGGAAAAUAUAAUUGGUGUUAAAAGAAAUGGAGAUUCUUAUCAAGGUGAGGGCCUGCCUGGACAGCAGAAGAGCAGAGCUUUGGGAGGCUUAAUGAAAAACAGCAAUGAGCAUCGUGAGUCUGGACUUUGUGAAACACAGCCUGGACUUUGUACCACACAGCAUGAGGGACUGCAUUCCCCAUUAACAGCAGCAGGGAGAUUGAGCCAGUCUGAAGCAUCAGAAAGUACAAAUUCUUGUCAAGAAGAAGAUAAGCAACAUGUGACUUUUAACCUCUGUAAUAUCUGGAGUGGAACGGACUAUCAGCAGAGACCUUUACAUGUUGUCUGGCCUCACAGGUGGGAACACGACAAAGAUCCUGAAACUUUCUUUAAAGUGCUGCUGAAACUGAAGGAGCAGGAGCUACCUUUUCACGUGUCCGUCCUCGGGGAGACUUUCACUGAUGUUCCAGAUAUAUUUGCAGAGGCCAAGAAGGCGUUGGGAUCUUCUGUGUUGCACUGGGGGUACUUACCCAGCAAAGAUGACUAUUUCCAAGCACUGUGCAUGGCCGAUGUUGUCGUCUCAACAGCUAAACACGAAUUCUUUGGAGUGGCAAUGGUGGAAGCGGUGCAUUGUGGCUGUUACCCGCUGUGUCCCAAGGCCUUGGUGUACCCGGAGAUCUUCCCAGCUGAAUAUCUGUAUUCUACACCUGAACAGCUUUUUAAAAGGCUUCAGAAUUUCUGCAAGAGACCAGAUAUUGUAAGGAAACAUCUCUAUAAGGGCGAGAUGGCUGGCUUUUCCUGGGCAGCACUCCGUGGUAAAUUCAGGUCUCUGCUCACAGCAGAACCGAAGGAAGAUUUGUGACAGAUGGGGCUAAGUCACAAACUUGCAGCCUCAGGCAGAAUUGUGGAAGUUUCCAGAGUGUGCCCAUAUUUACCUGAUCAGAGAGAAAAGAAAAUCUGCAGAGGAAGCCGAGCCUGGCUGCUUGUCAUAGCUGACACAGAGCCAUCUGCCACAAACCUGUGGCGGCUUCAGAUCUCCAAUCCCUGCCACCACCCCAGCUCAAAUUAAAUACAGAUUCUUAGAGACGUUAUGAUGGUUACACAUGUCCUCGGCAUCACAUGCAGGAGACUGUUCAAAAAAAAUAUGUGGCCUGUUGUAUAACCGCACUCAUGUAUCCCAUAUGUGGUGCCACAUUGAAUUUCCGGUUGAAUCUGUUUUUAUCCUUUGUACUGGAUGACAUGGUGCCUGAAUUCUUUCUUUUCGCCGACACGAUGGCAGCCAAGCUGCAGCUUCAAACGCUCACACUUGGCUGGGUUUCUACCUAGGUUGCCAGGUUAUCAUUGGAGCCUUAUUGUGUCCUCAAAGGGCCACAGGGCCUGAAAGGAGGAUCCGAGUGCUACCGGACUAAUUGGGCAGCCAUCUCGGAAUUGUUUGUAGGCAAAGGGCUGCUUUAGCACUUUUCUUUUUGCAAAUUAAUGACUCUCUGGCACAGGGGUUUUUAAGUGAAGGUAUUAAUAAGGGGUCUGGCAGGUAAUCCCAUGAUUCGCGGAGUUACAUUUGCAUUUAAUUAAUCUUAAAGAAAGCUGAAAGAUAAACAGCUGUAAUUCAAACUAGCAUGGGAAAUAUGCUUCAUGGUGCCAUCUAUCCGAUGAAAUGAAAGCUGAGACACUUGUUUUAUUUCUCUCAAGGAUGGAGAACAAACAGAUAACAGCCAAAAUACUUCCAAUAAAAAGUAGUAGUUGGAAUGUAACGGCCGUUCAUCAAGCAUCUUUGCAUCCCAGUCUUUUAAAGAUAAAUCACUUAUGAUUCCAGCAGUCGAGCUUCUAUAUUUGUUGAUGUAAAAUGUUUUGAAGAUGGAGAUUGUACAAUAAAUUUUUAAUAAAGUGCCCACUGCAAUUUUUAAUUAGCAUAUCUCAUUCAUGUAUAAGUGUGUACAUCUAUCUGUAUGUUUAUCAGUAUGCAUAUCCUUGUGUCAGAGUCAAUGAAUGCAAUUGUGUCUUUAUCUGAUGAAGUCGAAUCUGCUUUGCAAGUGGCAAUAAAAUGCUCUGACAAUUCCAA